AUGCCCAGAAAUCCUCACCCUCCGCGUGGAGGCGGCAGCUCCAAAAAAUCCGCCCCCCCGCCGCUGGGCGCUGAAGAUACCAGCUUUAUCGUCUUCUCCAACUCGAAGGGCGACUCAAAGAAAAGCAAGAAGGCGGACAACGCCGCCAAGCCCGACACCAGCGAUAAGGGCAAGGGAAAGUCCAAGGGCGCGCCUGAGCAGCCUGAGGAUGCGCCUAAAAAACCCGACGUGCGCACCGUCAUCGGUGGCGCGUCAUGGACCGGGAAGCUGCCCGUCAACAUGCUCUCGGAGCAUUGCCAGAAGCAGAAAUGGGCGAAGCCCGAAUAUACAAUGACCAAGGUCAAAGAUGGCUUCGUCUCCCAUGUAAUUCUCAAGGCUACCAACCCUAAAACCCACGAAACUACCACCCUACCUCCCAUCAGACUUCCAAUCGAAAAGCAAGACCUUGCCGUGCAGCCAACCGCUCUCGAAGCCCGCCACUUCGCUGCCACGUAUACGUUGUUCCGCAUCGCUUCCAUGAAGAAUAUCCACAUGAUGAUGCCUCCGACGUACAAGGACCUGUGGAAAGGCGCAUUUGCCGACAUGAAGAAGGAAGACGCCAAGAACGGCAAAGCUUGGAUGUACGAAGCGGACCCUUUCGUGGCCCAGAAGGAGAGGGAACAAGCCAAGGCUGAGGCUGAGAAGAAGCGGGAGGAAGUCGCGAAGCAGCGGGAGAAGGCGAAGAAUGGACAACCCAGUGGUGCGAACAACAUCAUGCGCGGCUGGACUCGUGUUCCGAAGCUCGACAUGGGCAAGAGGAUUCGAGCAGAGAUUGAGCGCUUGAUUCGGCGGGAUGCUGUGUGGAACCCUCACAGCGUUAAGAUAUCAUCCGCUGAACGCUCUGCCCUCGUUGAUGAGAUUGUCAAAUUGGGAUUCCGCAAAAGCCACGUUGACGAAGCUGCGGAAAUCUGCAAAGACCGGGAAGAAAUUCUCGAAUGGCUUCUCAUCCAUGUCCCAGAAGACGACCUUCCACCUUGGAGUUUACCUGAGGGCUAUACUGCCGGCAUCAGCAUGGCUAGCGGAAAUCUCAAGCGGGAGGCAGCUAUCAAGCGCCUUGCGGCCACUGGUUACGCCACGGAGCUCUGUGAAGAAGCUCUUGAUACAUUCGACGGCGAUGAGGCUAAAGCGGCAGGCUUACUUCAAGCACAACUUUUAGGUGAUGACGGGCUUGCAGAGCAGUUAUCUAGUGCAGCCAUUGUUGACGAGACUGGGCCGGAAGAGGACGUUUGGGCUGAAGAGCAGAUCAUCCUGGCUUCGAUUUACGACGAGAAGUAUUCCACAGCUGGGCAGGAUCAAUGCCAAAUCCGACUGGAAAUUGUCAAUGGGACCAAGACCGAAUUCUUGUUGAACGUGCGCAAGCCUGUAGGGCUGUAUCCGAACGCCCUACCAAUCAUCUCGAUCAACGCAAAAAUUCCGGCUUACAUCCGGUUAAGCAUCAUCAGACAAGCACUAGGUCACGCCAAGGAGAACUUUCUCGGCGAGCAAAUGGUCUUCAAUAUUGUGGACUGGCUGGAACAUGAAAUACCCUCCAUCAUUGACAAUCCCGGAAGACUUACAGAUGUUUCUUCCGCCAUAUCUGCGGCGGAUACUGGUGUUCAUGCUGAAGCGAUCAAACAGAAGGAAAGGAGACAGCGUCGACCUAAGCCAGCCAACUUACGGCCAGGCUCUCAGGCUAGUCAACGCAUGCUCGAGCAGUGGCGAAUCAAGCAGACUUCUCCGGACCAACAGCGCAUGCUCCGCGCGCGGCAAAAUCUGCCUGCUUGGAAAUUACUGCCGGACAUCGUCGAAGCAGUCAAGAAUCACCAAGUUGUCAUCAUUUCGGGAGAGACCGGGUCUGGAAAGUCCACUCAGUCAGUUCAAUUCAUCCUCGAUGACCUGAUUCAACGUCAGCUUGGCGAAUCAGCCAAUAUUGUCUGUACGCAGCCGCGGCGAAUUUCCGCGCUCGGUUUGGCGGACAGAGUUGCCGAUGAGCGUUGCUCUGUCGUGGGCGACGAAGUCGGUUACUCAAUCCGUGGCGAGUCUAGACAAAAGCCUGGAGUCACCAAGUUGACAUUCAUGACUACUGGUGUCCUCCUUCGCCGGCUUCAAACGUCGGGAGGCCGCCCUGAUGAUGUGGUAGCUUCCUUGGCCGACAUUACUCAUGUUGUCGUCGACGAAGUCCAUGAGCGGAGCUUGGACACGGACUUCCUGCUCGUUCUGCUGAGGGAUGUAUUGAAAAAGCGGAACGACCUCCGAGUCAUUCUCAUGAGUGCUACUCUUGAUGCGGAAGUGUUUGCAUCUUUCUUCAAGCCUGCCGUGGGCCAGGUUGGGAUGGUGGAGAUAGCGGGCCGUACGCACCCUGUAACGGACUACUACGUUGACGAUGUCAUUCGAAUGUCUGGCUUCAAUGGCCACACGGCAGACGAAGACUGGGAGGACGAAGAGGCCCAGAAAAACAUUGGUGGCACACUGAGGAGUAUUGGCAUGCGGAUCAAUUAUGAUUUGAUCGCGCAAACAGUGUACCACAUUGACGCGGAGCUGGGAGCCCAAGACGGUGCCAUUCUUAUCUUUCUCCCUGGAACAAUGGAGAUCGACAGAACGAUACAGGCUCUCCGCUCCAUGCCAAACGUACAUGCGCUUCCACUUCACGCAUCUCUGCUUCCGGCGGAACAACGCCGAGUUUUCCUUGCGCCACCUAAAGGCACGAGAAAAGUGAUUGCAUCCACCAAUGUCGCUGAGACUUCAAUUACCAUUGAGGAUGUCGUGGCCGUCAUCGAUACUGGUAGAGUCAAAGAAACGAGUUUUGACCCAGCAAACAACAUGGUCAAGCUUGCGGAGACGUGGGCAUCUCGUGCCGCUUGCAAGCAACGCCGCGGCCGUGCUGGCCGUGUCCGAGCUGGAACAUGCUACAAACUAUACACACGCAACGUCGAGAGGGACAAGAUGAUGGAGAGACCUGAUCCUGAGAUCAGACGAGUCCCUCUCGAGCAACUCUGUCUGUCCGUCAAGGCAAUGGGCGUCAAAGACGUAGCGGGCUUCCUCGCAGGCGCUCUGACACCACCUGACAGCAUAGCGGUGGAGGGUGCUUUGGAACUUCUCGGACGGAUGGGAGCCAUUGAUGGCGAUGAAAUGACUGCUUUGGGCAGACAUCUUGCUGUUGUCCCUGCUGACCUUCGAUGUGCUAAGCUUAUGGUGUACGGAGCGACGUUUGGUUGUCUCGAGUCUUGCCUCACCAUCGCAUCGAUUCUCACCGUCCGCAGUCCUUUCGUCUCGCCCCAGGCUAAGCGAGAAGAAUCGAAGGCAGCCCGUUCAGCGUUCGGUAAGGGCCAAGGUGACCUCAUUGCCGACCUUCGUGCCUACGAGCAGUGGAGCGGCUUCAAGGAGAAGGGCAUUUCGUUCCGCGACCUGCGUGCUUUUUGUGAACAAAACUUCCUCAGUCUUCAGACCCUCAACGAUAUUACCUCUACUCGGCGGCAAUAUCUCUCCUCCCUACAAGAAACGGGCUUCAUCCCGCUGCGUUACUCAUCCUACAGUGACGUUGGCGCACAGGAAGUUGCCUCACUCAAUCGCCACAGUGCAAAUGACGCCCUCGUCCGCGCCCUCGUUGCUGGUGCUUUCAACCCCCAGAUCGCGCGCAUUGACUUUCCGGACAAGAAGUUUGCAGCCUCUGUUUCAGGUGCUGUAGAGCUCGAUCCUGAAGCCAAGACGAUCAAGUACUUCAACCAGGAGAACGGUAGAGUUUUUGUUCACCCAAGCUCGACCGUGUUCGAUGCCCAAGGAUUCCCGGGUGGUGCGACGUUCAUGAGUUACUUCACGAAGAUGGCAACGAGCAAGGUUUUCAUGAGGGAUUUGACGCCAUUCAAUGCUUACUCCUUGCUGCUGUUCUCUGGCCCAAUUACCCUUGAUACCUUGGGCCGUGGCAUCGUCGUCGAUGGGUGGUUGCGUCUGCGUGGAUGGGCUCGCAUCGGUGUCUUGGUUUCGAGGCUACGCAUGAUGCUGGAUGAGGCAUUGGCAAGGAAAAUUGACGAUCCAACUACGGACUUGGCGAACAGCGAUGUUGUGGGAAUCGUGAGAAAACUAGUCGAACUCGAUGGGCUGGAUCGGUGA